AGCCGUCUUUUAUUCGUAUGGGAAAACAGGGGGGGUGGAGAUGGACCUUUUGCACAAGGUUUGUGCAAACAACAUUAACCAAACCACAGUGGGAUCUGAUCUUCUCUGCUUUUGAUGUUGUAGGCGCUUUUCUGUUCCAGUGAUUUUGCAUUAAGAACCAUUUUAUUACUAAAAAGCCCUGUGGCUUCAAAUGGAUAAAUUGGUCAUUUCAGUUAUUUAGCCUGUGUUAGCGAGUCCAAGAAAUUGGCAGAAUUUGAACAAUUAAUUAAAUUAUCCAAUAUCAUUAGCAGAAUCAGAAACUCCAUAAAAAGGGAGUACCACUGUCUAUCAAUCAUCUCUCCCAAACGUCACAUAAGCAAGAGCCUUGUGCCCUAGAAAAGUGGUAGCAUUACAUAUAAUGACCAUAAGCUGGAUGACUUUUACGUUCAAAGAACUUCUGCAUACAUCAGCCAAACAGAUAAUCAUAUUGCAGAGCUUACUGUACGAGAAACCUUGGAUUUUGCUGCCAGAUGUCAAGGUGCAAGUGAAGGGUUUGCAGGUUAUAUGAAAGAUCUGACCCGUUUAGAGAAGGAAAGGAACAUACGGCCAAGUCCUGAGAUUGAUGCAUUUAUGAAGGCAUCAUCAGUUGGCGGUAAAAAGCACAGUGUUUCAACAGAUUACAUCCUGAAAGUGCUUGGUCUUGAUGUAUGUUCGGAGACAGUGGUUGGUAAUGAUAUGCUCCGAGGCAUCUCAGGUGGCCAAAGAAAAAGAGUUACCACAGGAGAAAUGAUUGUUGGGCCAAGAAAGACUGUAUUUAUGGAUGAAAUAUCUACUGGACUCGAUAGCUCUACCACAUACCAAAUUGUUAAAUGCAUUCGGAAUUUUGUCCAUCAAAUGGAGGCUACUGUACUAAUGGCUCUUCUUCAGCCUGCACCUGAGACAUUUGAACUGUUUGAUGAUCUGGUUCUAUUAUCAGAAGGAUAUGUUGUGUAUCAAGGCCCUCAAGCAGAAGUGUUAGAAUUCUUUGAGUCAUUAGGUUUUCAACUACCACCACGUAAGGGGGUAGCUGAUUUUCUUCAAGAGGUGACCUCUAGAAACGACCAAGCUCAGUACUGGGCCAAUUCUUCAAAACCAUAUGUUUUCAUUUCUGUUCCAGAAAUUGCAGAGGCCUUUAAAAAUUCCAGAUUUGGAAGGUCACUGCAGUCCUCAAUUUCUGUUCCAUAUGAUAAAUCUAAGAGUGAUUCUUUGGCUUUGUCCAAAACUAAAUAUGCUGUAUCAAAAGUUGAGAUUUUUAAAGCUUGCUUUGAACGAGAACUGCUGUUAAUCAGCAGACAUCGUUUUCUGUAUAUAUUUAGGACAUGCCAGGUUGCCUUUGUUGGAUUCAUUACGUGCACAAUGUUCUUAAGAACAAGAAUACACCCCACAAAUGAGCAAAAUGGCAACCUUUAUCUUUCUUGCCUGUUUUAUGGGCUGGUGCAUAUGAUGUUUAAUGGAUUCUCUGAGCUACCUCUUAUGAUAACACGGCUCCCAGUCUUCUACAAGCAAAGAGAUAAUUUCUUUCAUCCUGCAUGGGCAUGGUCUAUCUCAAGCUGGAUUCUGCGUGUACCAUACUCUAUUAUUGAAGCUGUUGUGUGGUCAUGUGUUGUAUAUUUCACUGUUGGUUUUGCCCCUAGUGCAGGAAGGUUUUUCCGUUAUAUGCUUAUACUCUUUUCUAUACACCAAAUGGCAUUGGGUCUUUUCCGUAUGAUGGCCUCUAUCUCACGAGAUAUGAUUCUUGCCAAUACCUUUGGAUCAGCUGCACUGUUAAUUGUAUUCUUGUUGGGCGGAUUCAUCAUUCCAAAAGGAAUGAUUAAGCCAUGGUGGAUUUGGGGAUUUUGGGUGUCACCUCUAUCCUACGGGCAAAGUGCAAUUUCUGUCAAUGAAUUUACUGCCACAAGGUGGAUGGAGAGAUCAGCAUUUGGGAACAAUACUGUUGGACACAACAUUCUCAUUUUGCAUAGCAUACCUACUGAUGAUUAUUGGUAUUGGAUUGGAGUUGGUGUACUAUUAGCUUAUGCAUUGCUUUUCAGCAACAUAGUGACUUUGGCCUUGACCUACCUUAAUCCCCUUAGGAAAGCCAAGACAGUGAUGCCACUUAAUGUAGCAGAAAAGAAUUCGGCAUUAAAUGGUGUAGGUGGUGGGGGUUCUGAAUUUCAUCCACCAUCUGCCGAAGAAUACAGCAAAAAGAAGGGAAUGAUCCUUCCAUUUCAACCACUAACAAUGACUUUCCUUAAUGUCAAUUAUUUUGUUGAUAUGCCAAAGGAAAUGAAAAUGAAAGGUAUACCGGAAAAGAAGUUGCAACUCUUGUCCAAUGUUAGUGGUGUAUUCUCACCUGGUGUUCUGACUGCCUUGGUCGGAUCAAGUGGAGCUGGAAAGACCACUUUGAUGGAUGUGCUUGCUGGUCGGAAAACUGGUGGAUACAUAGAAGGGGAUAUUAAGAUAUCGGGUUACCCAAAAGAGCAGCGCACUUUUGCUAGAAUAUCAGGAUAUGUUGAGCAAAAUGAUAUACAUUCUCCUCAAGUGACAGUUGAGGAGUCUCUCUGGUUUUCUUCCUCUCUUCGUCUCCCAAAGGAAGUUAGCAUAGAGAAAAAACAUGAGUUUGUUGAACAAGUGAUGAGAUUAAUAGAGCUUGAUACUAUAAGACAUGCUUUGGUUGGCUUGCCUGGUAGUAGUGGCCUAUCGACAGAGCAGAGAAAACGUUUAACCAUAGCAGUGGAACUUGUAGCAAAUCCUUCCAUUAUUUUUAUGGAUGAACCUACAUCUGGACUGGAUGCACGAGCAGCAGCCAUUGUUAUGAGAACUGUCCGUAAUACUGUUGAUACAGGGAGAACUGUGGUCUGCACUAUCCAUCAACCAAGCAUUGAUAUAUUUGAAGCAUUUGAUGAGCUACUUCUUAUGAAACGAGGGGGCCGAGUUAUAUAUGGAGGGAAGCUUGGUGUGCACUCACAGAUAAUGAUAGACUAUUUUCAGGGAAUUAAUGGAAUCCCUCCAAUUCACAGUGGUUACAAUCCAGCAACUUGGAUGCUUGAGGUGACUACACCUACUGCUGAAGAAAGAAUUGGUGAAGACUUUGCAGAUAUUUACAGAAAUUCUGAGCAAUACAGGGACGUGGAAGCUUCUAUCAAGCAUUUUAGUGUGGCACCUACUGGCUCAGAACCGUUGAAGUUUCCUUCCACAUAUUCACAAGACAUGGUCUCCCAAUUUAAGACUUGCCUAUGGAAACAAAAUCUUGUAUACUGGAGAAGUCCACAAUACAAUGCCAUUAGGUUAUUUUUUACUGCAAUCAGUGCAUUGUUAAUUGGAACAGUAUUCUGGAACAUUGGUUUAAGAAGGAGUACAACUCAAGAAUUGUUAUUGGUUAUGGGAGCUCUUUAUUCUGCAUGCUUGUUUCUUGGAGUUAACAAUGCAUCCUCAGUGCAACCAGUUGUUUCAAUUGAGAGGACAGUAUUCUAUCGCGAGAGAGCAGCUGGAAUGUACUCUCCAAUUGCUUAUGCAGCAGCCCAAGGUCUUGUGGAGGUUCCAUACAUUGUGGUGCAGACAAUAAUAUUUGGCAUCAUCACAUAUUUCAUGAUUAAUUUUGAAAGGACAGCCAGGAAAUUUUUCCUCUUUCUUCUGUUCAUGUUCUUGACGUUCACAUACUUUACCUUUUACGGCAUGAUGGCUAUUGGUCUUACACCUUCUCAAAACCUAGCAGCUGUCAUUUCUUCUGCAUUUUACUCAAUAUGGAACCUUCUUUCCGGUUUUCUCAUCCCUAAACCUAGUAUCCCUCCAUGGUGGAUCUGGUUCUACUACAUCUGCCCAGUUUCAUGGACACUACGAGGUAUUAUCUCCUCUCAGCUUGGUGAUGUGGAAACCCAGAUUGUUGGAGCGGGAUUUGAGGGCACUGUGAAAGAAUAUUUGGAAGCUUCUCUUGGCUUUGGUCCUGGGAUGGUAGGAGUUUCAGUAGCAGUUCUUUUUGGCUUUUGUCUCCUCUUCUUCAUGGUGUUUGCUAUCUCAGUCAAAGUCCUCAACUUCCAGAGAAGAUGAAUUAAUGGAGUUUCAAAUAAUGCGAAAGAGGCCAGAUAUACUUGCAGGAGGUUCUCUUGAGAGCAUUAUAAUCCCUCUAAGAGGAAUCAGAGUUUACUAAUCCCUUUAAGUGGAAGGAGCUCUGCAACAUGAAUAUAUCUUUCCUCCUGUUUUUUAACUUCUGGUCACCAAAUGAAAUUUGGUAUUACAUCCAUUUCUCAUGAACUAUGCUCAUCAAAUAACAUUAGUGGAAUUCUUUAAAAAACGAUCUUAAGUAAACAUUCAUAACGGACAUAGAUAAUUCUCUUUCCCUUGCAACAAAAUCGGUGCAAUAUUGUUUAGUUAGUCAGUGUUAUGAAGAAAAAUGAAAACAUUAUUAUUAAGCACUGUAUGUUGUGACCGAGAAAGAAUGUCAUUUACCUUUAUUCUUCAUUUCUAUUA